AUGCACUCAACGUCAAUCUCUCUUUUGGCUUUUGGUCUUUUGGUCACUGUUGCUAUGGCACGACCAUGGUCAGGUCAUUCUCAUGGACAUACAGGGGAUGGAACAUCUCAAGGAUCUAAUGGGCACAGAUGGGUUAAAUAUCCUUCACCAAGACAUAUUUAUUUACCACGACAUCUAGCUGAAAAAUUAGAACGUCCAUGGCCAGCAUUUACAGCUAAAAAAAUCGCCAAUGGAAAAUAUAUGGUCAUUGGUCCAGCUUUUAUUUUCAAAGUAAAAGCUACUGAUGAUAUAAGUACAACUAGUGUUCCAGAAAUUUCAACAACUGAACAACCUGAAGUUGAAGAAACAACAACAGAAUCCAUUGUUGAAGAAUCUACACCAGAACCAGAAGAAACUACAUCAGAACCUGAACCAGAAGAAACUACAUCAGAACCCGAACCAGAAGAAACUACACAAGGAGUACCAUCUUUUUUCAAAAAAGGAUCGUAUUCAAUCAAUAAUGAUGAACAAUUAUAUUUUUUUCAAUGA